AUGGGGUCUACCACAGCUGCUUUUCCGCCUCCAGUUCGCACCACCUUGGCGUUUCGACUGGAUCCAGCCCUAGGUGAAUGCGAUGCAUUGGAAGUCGGAAAGCACAACGAAAUGAAGCGAGACAUGCAAGACAUCGACGUUUUGGACGCCUCUGGACGCGAAACAGAGUUCACGCUGGACGCCGCAGGGUUUCAGUUCACUCAGCAUAGGUCGAGCUUUCAGGAUUUCCGAGAUGAAGAGGCUGUCAAGACGGAGUACUACGCCGAAGUUACCGAAUUGGCCAAGACGAUAACAGGUGCCUCAUUCGCCUAUUGCUAUCAGCAUCUCCUCCGCGCUUCGAAGCUUGAGGGUCAUGAGCAGCCACCAAGCAAUCUUUUUGGCCCCGCGAACGGCGUGCAUGUUGACUACAACUACACUCACACGCCGGCGUAUAUCAAAGCGCUGCCGGAGCGGCCUGCAGAUUGGGAUCGAUUGUCCAUGUAUCGGUGGGCCAUCUUCAGUGCAUGGCGGCCAAUGAGCAAGGUCACACGAGAUGCCCUGUGCGUUGGCGACAAGACAACAAUUCCUGACAGCGAUUUGGUGACGGGUACGACGGAUAUGGAUAGGCCUGGGCGGAAGACGACGCUGGGUCUGUUCUGGGUCAACUUCAACCCCAAACAACAGUAUUACUACAAGAAGGGAAUGGACACCGAAGACCUGCUCUGGAUCAAGUUGUAUGAUAGCAAACUGGACGGCAGGGCAAGGUGCACGCCGCAUUCGUGA